AUGUCUGACCACGCUGAAAACGAACAGACAAUCGAUAAUCCAGAAACUGAGUCCCAAAGGGAUGUACCUGGAAAAGAAAAGGCUCACAGUGUUGAAACUGCCAAUACUGAGAAUUUAUCCGAUGAUGAGUUAUUUGAAGAACUGGAGAACGAUGAUUUAGCAGUUUCAAACUUUCGAGAAAAAAGACUAGAACAGAUAAAAAAAGAAAUGCAGCAACUUCAAGAAAUGCGAGCAAAUGAUCAUGGUACCUUGACAGAAGUUACGGAAGAAAAAGAGGUGCUAAAAAUUACGACAUCAACGAAAAAUUGCGUUGUACAUUUUUUUCAUAAAGAGUUCCGAAGAUGUCAGAUAAUGGAUAAACAUUUAAAGACGUUAGCACAAAAACAUUUCAAAACUAGAUUUUUGAAAAUAGAUGUUGAAAAUGCGCCGUUUCUAGUGGAGAAACUGAAUGUUCAGGUUCUUCCAUGCGUUAUUUGUUUUAUUGAUGGGGUUUCCGUUGACCGAAUUAUUGGCUUUGAAGAAUUAGGUAAUACAGAUUCUUUUAACACGGGGAUUCUAGAACUUCGGUUAUCUACUAGUGGUGUCAUAACAAAAUCUAAAGAGCCGGAACAAGAUACACAAAGAAAAACAAUUUUUGGAUUUUCGAAUACUCAGUAUGACGAUGAUGAUUGGGAUUAG